GCUUCGUGUGGGUUCACCACAUCAGGCACCACUCUUGCUUCUCGAGCUCAGCUUCUGCUUCUGCAGCCAAGCAUCUCUGCUUCUGCUCCCUGCCUGCCCGCCCUUCUGGGCUUGCAGCCUGCCACUUGACUUUCCCCAGCCCUGCUGCCAGCUGAGAAGUCUCCCUGCAGCUGCUGAUUUCUGCCUAGAACCAUGUGUGUGGAUGCUGCUUGGGAGAAGCCAGCCCUGGCUCCUGGCACUGAUCCCAGCUGAGUUUCUCCUGUUGAUUUUGGGACCACAGAUGCUGCUGUGAGGAGGUAUUUCCCGGCAUCCCUGCCUCUGCUACUGCCAGCUAAGGAUCAGCCCCAAAGUAAGGCGGGUGUCAGGAUGGGCCACGCUGUGAGAAGCUGAUGCUAGCAAGCGAGGUGUGAAGAGUUGGCCAGAAUGACCAACUCCUCCUCCACGUCCACCUCCUCCACCACCGGGGGAUCGCUGCUGCUGCUCUGCGAGGAAGAGGAGUCGUGGGCGGGUCGGCGCAUCCCCGUGUCCCUUCUGUACUCGGGCCUGGCCAUCGGGGGCACGCUGGCCAACGGCAUGGUCAUCUAUCUCGUGUCGUCCUUCCGAAAGCUGCAGACCACCAGCAACGCCUUCAUCGUGAACGGCUGCGCGGCGGACCUCAGCGUCUGCGCCCUCUGGAUGCCGCAGGAGGCGGUGCUCGGGCUCCUGCCCACCGGCUCGGCGGAGCCCCCCGCGGACUGGGACGGCGCCGGCGGCAGCUACCGCCUGCUGCGGGGCGGGCUGCUAGGCCUGGGGCUCACCGUGUCCCUCUUGUCCCACUGCCUGGUGGCGCUGAACCGCUACCUGCUCAUCACCCGGGCGCCUGCCACCUACCAGGCGCUGUACCAGCGGCGCCACACGGCCGGUAUGCUGGCGCUCUCCUGGGCGCUCGCCCUGGGCCUCGUGCUGCUGCUCCCUCCCUGGGCGCCGCGACCCGGCGCCGCGCCCCCGCGCGUCCACUACCCGGCCCUGCUGGCCGCCGCGGCGCUGCUGGCGCAGACGGCGCUGCUGCUGCACUGCUACCUGGGCAUCGUGCGCCGCGUGCGCGUUAGCGUCAAGCGGGUCAGCGUCCUCAACUUCCACCUGCUGCACCAGCUGCCCGGCUGCGCCGCCGCCGCCGCCGCCUUCCCGGGCGCCCCGCACGCGUCGGGCCCCGGGGGUGCGGCGCACCCCGCGCAGGCCCAGCCCCUGCCGCCCGCGCUGCAUCCGCGGCGGGCGCAGCGGCGUCUCAGCGGCCUGUCGGUGCUGCUGCUCUGCUGCGUCUUCCUGCUAGCCACGCAGCCGCUGGUGUGGGUGAGCCUGGCCAGCGGCUUCUCGCUGCCCGUGCCCUGGGGCGUGCAGGCAGCUAGCUGGCUCCUGUGCUGCGCGCUGUCCGCGCUCAACCCCUUGCUCUACACGUGGAGGAACGAGGAGUUCCGGCGCUCCGUGCGCUCCGUCCUGCCGGGUGUCGGCGACGCGGCGGCCGCCGCCGCUGCUGCCACGGCCGUGCCCGCGGUGUCCCAGGCGCAGCUGGGCACCCGCGCCGCCGGCCAGCACUGGUGACCCGGCCAGGGCCCGCGGGAAACAGGGAUGCCGGCUUCCAGCGUCCUGGUGGGCAUCGCCUCCUGCCCUUGUAAAGUACCCCCUGUCUGAACGAAGACUCCUGCAGGCCAAGCCCGAUAAAUCGGUGCGACGAUUUCGCCUUUGACCCCAGUGGAAUACCUGGGAACCGAGGUCUCUCCCUAAAUGGGGUCCCCGAAGUCACUUUGAACAGCCACCUGGUUUUUAGCCUUUGUUUCUGUGUUUUAGAGAAACCCUAAAGUCGAAACACCAGAAACUUCAAGAACUUGCUCCCCUGACAUUUUAAAGAACAGAUUAAUUUAUUUCAGCACUGUUUUUGAAAAGAGCUUUGAUAACGUAUUACCCUUCCCACCUUCAUCGUCUUAUAAUAUAGACGAAGCGCCUCGAGUGUGCAUAAGCCAAAGGAAAUAAUAUUGAUGAAGGAAAUAAGAUAUAAGAAGUAUUUAAAAAGUAACUUAUCUUUGAUGAUGCUUCUCUUAUGAUUUAGCCUUUGUAUGAACCCGGAGAAUGAAGCCACAGACGUGCAUACCAGUAGGAGCUGCCAUUAAGACUUCAAGCCCUUUAUUCUUAAAAGGGUUUUUAUAAAGUCAAAUCAUUGCCGAAUGAAAUAGAAUCUUAGCCAGUGAGAAAAGAGAAAACAGAUCUAUUACUUUACACCUGUUUUUGCACUUCUAAGAGUGAACAUUGGCAUUAGGCGUUAAAGUGAAAAUUUCCCCUUGUGCUGAUUGAUGGUCUGAGCCAGCCAUGGAAUUUUGAAAACAAAUAAGGAGGUUAUCUGUUUUAGGUACCAGUUUCAUGUUUUUAUAGCAUGCACACUUGUUGCUACCUUCAUUUUGUAAUCAGUUCACUUACCUUAUGAGUGUGAUUGCAGCUUUGAACACUCUGUACUAUAAUGGUUGCUAAGGAAAAGAAGUCCUUCUGUUUUCUCUUUAACAUUUAAAAUAUCUCAAUGCACAUGAUAUAAUUAAACACUAAUGAUACCAUGACUGCAUAGCUAAUCUUAGCCGCUAUUGCAUGCUCCUAGAUGCUAGAACUUACUGGGCAUGUGGUAUAUACUAAAGCAAUACCCAUUAGACAAGGACAUUUUACUUCUUCCAGACACCAGAAGAAGUGACCUUCAAUUAUUUGAAAAGAGACACGGAGAUACCCUGGCUACUUACGGUUCUUGUCUUGACCCAAUUUAUGAGAGACUCCCAGUUGGGACUUUAUCUUGCAAAUGGAACCACAGUCAAGAUGGAUCAAUAAUAGUGGUUUUGCUCUGCAAGGCAGUCUGUGUUCUUUUAGGGUUUAGACAAGCCACACAUUAGAAUGCAACAUUGUUUUUUAAGUAGUUCAUAUAUAUAUUACCAUGACACUUGACAUUAAUAUUGUGUCUGUUGAAGCAGGUGUAACAAACUCAGUUAUAUACAGCAAACAGUUCAAAUGGGAAUCUGUUUUAAAAUGUAUGAUUUGAGGCUUGUCUUCGGUUUACUAAAUUUAUUUAGAAAUGGAUGAAACAAAAUCAUGUGAGAUCACUUUAUAAAAUUAAAAUGGGAAAAAAGUAAUUUAAGAUAACCAUCUAUUAGCAUUAUGACUGCUAACUACAUCAGAGCUGGGGCCGAACCUCAAUUAACUGUGUAGUUCAGAACAAAAACAGCUUACUUUGUUGCACUCUUGAACAUCGUUAAGUUAGAGGACAGUGGGAACCUGUGUGCAUUUGAAUAAUUAUGGGGGUUGCAGGAAAGUUAGACAUGUUUGUAGUAAAACAAAACAAAUAUGUUCAUUACCAAUAAUAGGUCAGCAGUCAUUUUACUAAUCUCUCCCCUUUGUGCAUGUAUCAUUUCUCUCUCACUAAGGUUUCAUCUAUUCCCAUUUUCCUUGAUUCAAAUAUUUAACUAUGAUUCAAAUAUUUAAUUAAAAGUUCAAACAACUAUUUCUCUGAGUUUUUUUCUUCUGUCUCUGGUCUUCUUGCCUACCUCCUUGAGAACACUGUAACAGAGGACACCACCAAAGCACCAGUGAUGAGA